AUGGCAAACAACUCAUACAGUGGGGUGAAGAACUCCAUGGUGGAGGCCAAUCACGAUGGAGAAUUUGGCUGCACACUCAAAGAACUGCGCUCCCUUAUGGAACUGAGAGGCGCAGAGGCGCUAAGCAAAAUUGGGGAAUCUUAUGAGGAUAUUCAAGGACUCUGCAACCGAUUAAAAACAUCACCUAUAGAGGGUCUAAGUGGGCAGCCGGCAGACAUCGAGAAGCGGAAAGAUGUGUUUGGGGCGAAUCUUAUACCGCCCAAAAAGCCCAAAACUUUCUUACAAUUAGUGUGGGAGGCGCUUCAGGAUGUCACACUGAUUAUCCUUGAAGUGGCAGCCGUAGUUUCACUAGGCCUUUCUUUUUUUAGACCUCCAGAUGCCGAAAGAGAAAACUGUGGAAGGGCCGCAGGCGGUGUGGAGGAUGAAACUGAGUCAGAGGCGGGCUGGAUUGAGGGUGCCGCCAUUCUUCUGUCGGUUAUCUGCGUGGUUUUGGUGACAGCAUUCAACGACUGGAGUAAAGAGAAGCAGUUUAGGGGCCUCCAGAGCCGCAUUGAGCAGGAGCAGAAAUUUACUGUCGUCCGUGGAGGACAAGUUAUCCAAAUUCCUGUUGCUGAGAUUGUGGUUGGUGACGUUGCACAAGUAAAAUAUGGUGACCUUUUGCCUGCCGAUGGAGUCCUCAUCCAAGGCAAUGAUCUUAAGAUCGAUGAGAGCUCACUCACAGGGGAGUCGGACCAUGUCAAAAAAACACAAGAAAAAGAUCCAAUGCUGUUAUCAGGCACCCAUGUAAUGGAAGGCUCAGGGAAAAUGUUGGUCACUGCCGUGGGUGUCAACUCUCAAACUGGAAUUAUCUUUACUUUACUUGGGAGUGCCGAGGACGAUGACGACGAAGAAGAGGAAAAGAAAAAGGAAAAGGAGGAGAAGAAGAAACAGAGAAAAAACAAGAAGCAGGAUGGAUCCGUGGAAAAUCGUAAGAAAGCUAAAGCACAGGAUGGUGCUGCAAUGGAAAUGCAGCCUCUGAACAGUGACGAGGGAGCUGAUGCAGAGGAGAAGAAGAAAGCCAACCUGCCAAAGAAAGAGAAGUCUGUUCUCCAGGGCAAACUGACCAAACUAGCUGUACAGAUUGGCAAAGCAGGACUGGUCAUGUCAGCCAUCACUGUCAUUAUCCUGGUGGUGCUCUUCGUGGUAGACACCUUCUGGAUCCAGCAAAUGGCCUGGACCAAGGACUGCACACCCAUUUACAUUCAGUUCUUUGUGAAAUUCUUUAUCAUUGGCGUCACCGUCCUGGUGGUGGCUGUUCCAGAAGGCCUGCCACUUGCUGUAACAAUCUCCCUGGCCUACUCUGUUAAGAAAAUGAUGAAAGACAACAACCUAGUGCGUCACCUGGAUGCCUGUGAGACUAUGGGCAACGCUACUGCCAUCUGCUCUGACAAGACUGGUACGCUCACUAUGAACCGCAUGACGGUGGUGCAAGCCUACCUCGCUGAAAAGCACUACAAGAAGGUCCCAGAACCCGAGAACAUCCCCUCCUCCAUUAUGGACCUCCUGAUUCUGGGGAUCGCAGUCAACUGCGCCUACACUACAAAGAUCAUGCCUCCGGAGAAAGAAGGGGGCCUGCCGAGGCAGGUGGGCAACAAGACCGAAUGUGCCUUGCUUGGGUUUUCUAAUGACCUGAAGCGCGACUACCAGGCAAUUCGCCAUGAGAUCCCCGAAGAGAAACUAUACAAAGUCUACACCUUCAACUCGGUCCGCAAGUCUAUGAGCACUGUGUUGAAGAUGGCCGAUGGCAGCUACCGCAUGUUCAGCAAAGGGGCCUCAGAAAUUCUCCUUAAAAAGUGCUAUAAAAUCCUGACAGCAAAUGGCGAGUCCAAGGUGUUCCGCCCACGGGACAGAGAUGACAUGGUUAAGAAAGUGAUUGAGCCCAUGGCCUCAGAGGGCCUGAGGACCAUCUGCCUUGCAUACCGAGAUUUCGCCCCCACCGAUGGUGAACCUGACUGGGACAAUGAAAAUGACAUCCUCAGCGGACUGACCUGCAUCUGCGUCGUGGGCAUUGAAGACCCCGUGAGACCUGAGGUCCCAGAUGCCAUCAGGAAAUGCCAGCGUGCCGGUAUCACAGUGCGAAUGGUGACGGGGGACAACAUCAACACGGCCCGAGCCAUCGCAACAAAGUGUGGCAUCCUAAUGCCUGGAGAUGACUUCAUCUGCCUCGAGGGCAAAGAGUUCAAUCGCAGGAUACGCAAUGAGAAAGGAGAGAUUGAACAAGAACGCAUUGACAAGAUCUGGCCCAAACUACGAGUGCUGGCUCGCUCUUCUCCCACAGACAAACACACCUUAGUGAAAGGAAUUAUUGACAGCACAGUGAUAGAACAGAGACAAGUAGUUGCAGUGACAGGAGAUGGUACCAAUGAUGGUCCUGCCUUGAAGAAAGCUGAUGUUGGCUUUGCUAUGGGUAUUGCUGGCACAGACGUAGCCAAAGAGGCAUCCGACAUCAUCCUGACAGACGACAAUUUUUCCAGCAUUGUUAAAGCCGUCAUGUGGGGACGCAACGUCUAUGACAGCAUCUCCAAGUUCCUCCAGUUUCAGCUCACUGUCAACGUGGUGGCUGUCAUCGUAGCAUUCACAGGAGCCUGCAUCACACAGGACUCUCCACUGAAAGCCGUACAGAUGUUGUGGGUCAACCUCAUCAUGGACACCUUUGCCUCUCUAGCACUCGCCACAGAGCCCCCCACAGAAGCCCUGCUGCUAAGGAAGCCAUACGGCCGUAACAAGCCCCUCAUCUCCCGCACCAUGAUGAAGAACAUCCUGGGUCAAGGAGUGUACCAGCUAAUCAUCAUCUUUACUCUUCUCUUUGCUGGAGAGCAAAUGUUUGACAUUGACAGCGGCAGGAAUGCACCCCUUCACGCCCCACCUUCUGAACACUACACCAUUGUCUUCAAUACCUUCGUGAUGAUGCAGCUUUUCAAUGAGAUCAACGCCCGCAAGAUCCACGGUGAAAGGAAUGUCUUUGAAGGAAUUUUCAACAACCUUAUCUUCUGUAGUAUUGUCUUUGGCACCUUUGUCAUCCAGAUCGUCAUAGUGCAGUUUGGCGGGAAGCCAUUCAGCUGCGUGGCUCUGACCAUCGACCAGUGGCUAUGGUGCACCUUCUUAGGCUUCGGCUCUCUACUGUGGGGACAGGUAAUCUCCUCGAUACCCACUAGCCGCUUAAAAUUCUUGAAAACAGCGGGCCACGGCACCCAGAAAGAGGAGAUCCCGGAUGAGGAGCUGGAAGAGCUGGACGACAUGGACGAGAUUGAUCACGCUGAACGGGAGCUUCGCCGUGGCCAGAUCCUCUGGUUCCGAGGUCUCAAUCGCAUCCAGACUCAGAUGGAUGUAGUGAGUGCGUUCCAGAGUGGAACUUCCUUUCAGGGGGCUCUAAGGCGGCAGGCCUCCAACUCCAGCCAACAACAGCACGAUAUCCGGGUGGUGAAUGCAUUCCGCAGCUCCAUCUCCCUCUAUGAGGGGCUGGAGAAGCCCGAGUCGAGAACAUCGAUCCACAACUUCAUGACCCACCCCGAAUUCCGGAUAGAGGACUCUGAGCCCCAUAUUCCCCUCAUAGACGACACCGAUGCAGAGGACGACGCUCCCACCAAGCGCAACUCAGCCAGCCCCCGCAAUGCCACGCCCUCGCCCACGCCACCCUCACCCACGCCCGCCACCGCUGCCCCCACCGUGCCCGUCUCUCCGUCCCCAAACCAGAACAAUAACGCUGUGGAGAGCAGUAACCACCUCCUCCCAGAGGGCCCCAAAUCAGGAACCCCGUCGGCCCCAGGGAGCCCCCUACACAGCCUGGAGACCUCCCUUUGAUCUGACCUCCCCAGCGCUCCACACGUCACCACCACUUUUCUGCCCGCCACCGAGGAGCUCAACUCAGACGGAAACGAACGGACACUUGGAGAGGAGAGACGGAGGGCUGGAAGGAGAGCGGAGUCUUGUGUGAGCUUGGCUUGGGCUGGACUAAAAGAACAGCAAACAUUCAGAGGAAUGUACGGCUUGGUGUGGAUGCUUUGGUCUUCUUUUAUUUUUGGUUCUUAUUAAAUCCCCCGCUGCGACACAAGGACUCUGUCUCCACCCCUCCCUCCCUGGUAACUUGUUUUUCUCGGUAAACAAGGGGUGAUUAUAAACUCAGAUUGAAAGUGACCUGUUUUUAUUAUUCUACUGUUAUUAUUAUUAUUAAUAUUAUUAUUAUUUUAAUUGAGAUGGGGAGGUUCCUCCUCCUGGCUUGAAGACCGUCUGUAAGAAUUCUGAAAGAAACCUUUAGCUUCUCUUUUAUCUGAAUGGUGUUGUAUAUUUAUCUCUUUGGCCCUUGCUCAUUCAAAACUUAUUUCUGCUCCAUUGGCUGUUAAUAUUUUGAGUUAUUUAUGUUUUUGGAAAAAAGCAGGUCUGUUUACAAAGUUUGUAGAUACUUUUUUUCUGUUUGUAGGCAAAAGAGCUUCCUGAUGUAUGAUGCAGAAAACUGGGACAGAAUUAAAAAAUGAAUGAGAGAAUUAUUUCAGAUACUGCUGUAUUUUCAGGAAAAAAAGGGUGUUUCUAUUGAAACUUAACUAUUUUUGCCUGCAAGUUUUAUUUGUUAUAUAUUUGUAGAUAAAUGUAGAACCUUCUAGCCAAACCGAUAAACACUAAGGCUUGUAUAGAAAGAGGUCCGUGGGGGCGAGGUGUUUUUCACAGGAGACGGGACGGGAAAGACAAUUUAGGACCUCUGUCCACUAACAUUGCUAUAAAUAUUUACUUCUUCCAUUUCUUCAAUAGUUUUCAUGUGCACAAAACCUUCUGGAGUUCUGGAUUCUCUUUUCAUUCAAUCUGUUGUGUUCAAGGAUUUCCACAUGUUGAAAGGUUCACUCGUUAAAAAGGGAGUUUUCGUUUAUAUCUGGGCCCGUAUUUAGCAAGCAUCUCAGGAUGAGACGUAGAAUCGUGCUUGAAGUUGGACCGGGAAACAAAGUCUUACCUCAGAGUCGGACAUGAGGUCCUUACAAAGCCUCCUGCAGUCACGCUCGGCGGGGAAUCGAAGUUCUCAUUUUAGAUUUUUGGAGUUUUUUGGACCACGAAAUGAAAUAUCUUGUAGUUACUUUGAAAAGAGGCUGUGAAAAAGUAAAUGGCUUCACUUCCGGGUGUAUUACAACCUAAUUUAUGCACGUUCAGGCUAAAACAUGUUUUGCCAAAACUCAUAAAAGCAUGAGCAGCUUUUCUUUAUGACCAUUUGAGUUCAGAUUAGAGCCUCAUCAGCUAAUCAGCUGGUGCGCCUAUUUAUUUUUCAGUGAUUAGUUAAUAUAGAUGAAACGUGAAUGUGCCUUGGCUACAAUAACAAUUUUACAUCCCAUCAUUUGAUGCCUGCAGGUGACGGCUACUCCUACAAAUAAGCCUCAUUCUGAUAAUCCUGGGCCAGCUCUGAAUGAGUCUCUCUCCCUGGAUGCUUGAUACUUAUGGACCCUGGUCAUCAUUUGUAAAAAAAAAAACAAAAAAAAAAACAUGGUGCGUUUCUUUUCUUUUCUUUUUUUUGUUUUUUUCUCAGCAAAACAUUCGCCCCCUGCCAAUGUACAAUAUUGACCUUUGUUUACUCAGGCAUAGAAAAAGUAUUUAAUUUAAAAGGAAUCUAUAAACAAAGGACCUUUUAACUGCAGACUUUGUGUAUUUAGAUAGCAAAAAACAUCGUCUUGGUCAAAAAGCAAGUGAAUUAUUUUCAUAUUUCAUUCAAUCUUUAAUAUUUCGCCUUAGGAAAAAACUUAAUUUUGCUCCUCCGAGUUCUGGUUUGUCGACGUUUUAAAAAAUAUAUAUUAAAAAAUGGGGGAACAAAAGGCUUAUUUUUUCUUCAGCCCUGUCCAUAAGACUCCUUUCAUCAUGAAUAAAUGUUGCUGCAUUUGAUUUGUUUGUAAGAUAUUUUUGACACCUGUUGUACUGGAAACGCUAAAGAAUUGGACAUGUGCAUUUUUCAAGAAUAAAGACUAGGCAUACACUGGUAUCUCUCUGCACAGGGUACUUUAUUUCAUAGCGUUCCUUGGGGGAAAAAUAAUUUUGAUACAAAUCAUAAUAAAAAAAUGUACCUUUGUAUUUUUAUGACAAUAACUGAUGAAACCUUUCAUCGGACUAAACCAAUUUUGGAUGAUUUGACACCAAUCACAUUAUAUGGGGGCGGGGUUUGGCCACUAAAAUGUGUGUUGUUCUGGAAUAUUCAUCUCAGGGUGCAAAUGGUAUGAGAGAGAACAGGCCUCUUAGUUUAGUUUGUAUAUUACCACAUACUUAAUUCAAUGUUUGGGACGGUGCUUGGCAACUCGGGCAGCAGGCUGCAGAUUGUCCCUGCAGCCUGCUGGCCGUCUCCACCUGAAGGGCCGUGGACAGGGGAAGGAAGUGGAGAUGUUCACACACAAUGUUCUCUGAGGAAGUAGUUUGUUUUUCCUUGUUUUACAGAUGACGCAACUAGCAGCUAUGAUUGCAUACAAAGUGAGAAAUUUGAAAAGACGAGCAGAAUCCAUAAGAGGAGUUUGUUCUGUAGCUUCUUCCUGUAAUGGGAAUGAAUGUUUUUCCAUCUGUUUUAUGGAUUAUUUUUUUAUCUUUUAACAUUUGGAAAUAAAAGUACUUCAUGUCUGUUUAUCUUGAGCAUUUUAAAUGGAUAUCGUGAUUGGAUUUACAUUUGAAACUUGUCGAGUAAUGUGUAUGGUUUUUAAAAAUAAAAAAUGUAUUUAGCCUAA